AGUGACGUCUCUUUCACCUCAGUACGUCAUUGUCGCGCGCCCGUCACCAUGGUUACUGGACGCUUGCAAACAGCGUUUCUAUCGCCAUUUGCUUGAAUUGAAAAUAGCAGUUUUCAUUAUUCUCACUAAAAAGGUUUAAAAUGAGCACCAUCAGAUCAUCGGGCGGUGAAGCUUUAAGUGUGACUGUGAGAAGAGCAGAGUCAUCAGAUGCUGAGGAGAUCAAUCAUCUGAUCAGUCCGUCCACUAUCGAUGUGUUUGGCAGAGUCAAUGUCAUUCACCUUCUUGAGAGAUCAAAUCUGUCUGUGACAAUGACCACGAGUGAGAAUGCAGUGCUCGCUCACAUGUCUUUCUCUGAUCAGCCCACAGAAGAGCUCGUGGAUCAAUCACGCUGGGAGAUUUCACUUCACAAAACAUUCACUCCCUUGAACACACUGUAUCUGCGCCUGUUUGUGUCUCAGCCUGAUUUCUCCAUAGGGGGCACUAAAGAGAUAAUCAGAACCGUCUUUAAUGCCAUUGUGGAUUUGGAGCACAUCUGCCUCAUGACUUCCUACAUGGGCACACUUGAGGCAUCACUAGAGAAGAUCUUUGAUCCUAUGACGUGUGUCCUGGAGGAAAGUUUAAAAGCAUAUGUUUGUCAUCGAAACAAUCACUGUCCACGACUACAUGUCCGCAGAGCCAGAGUGGAAGAUCAUGAUGACAUCAUGCAGAUAUUUACAGAGGACAUCAGACCCCUGGUGGAAACCCACGGGCCGUACUUCAUAUCUGAACUCAUUGAGUCUCAGGAUCAGGAGCAUCAUGCUGUCGUCUGUGAGAAUGAAGGAUCUGUGGUGGGCUUUUGCAGUAUGAGUGGUCACGUUGACUUAAAACUUCUCAAUCAGUGCUUUGAGCUUGGAGCAUUUGAAGAACUGAGAAAGACAAAUCCAGUGGAGCAAACAGAGGAACCAAAACCACCAGAGGAGAACAAUCUGACUGCAGAGACAUCUGUGGAGGUCAAAGACUCUGAACCAGGUGAAUUAGACACAGAAGAAGAGAUGCGAAGUGAACACAGCAAAACUUCUGACAGAUCUCAGUCAGAGAAUAUUGAGUUAUGUGUCAAAGACUCGCUGAUCUCCUGUGAGGAUUCGGAUUCAGACAGAUCUCCUAAUGCGUUCUGCAUUCAGCUCUUUACUAUGGAAAAAAGGUUUGAAAUGAGAUCAGCAGACCUCCUGCCAUACCUGUUUAAACUCUUCCCAGAUCGGGAAUACUGUGUGAUCUCUGUGCCUAAACUGGUCCCAGAAUUCCCUCUGUUACAGUCUUUCAUUAGAAUCAUUCCUCAUGAGAGCAGCACAUUUCCACAUGAACUCUAUCUGUGUCAUCACUCAACUCUGUUCAGGACAUUAGAGGUGCGUGUCGCUGUGUCCUCUGAUAUCCCAGAAGUCCAGAGAUUAAUUGAAAGUUUUAGCCAGCAGAAAUCCAUCAGUGAUGAUCUGGAUCUGUUUCUGGAAGCCCGUAAAGACCCGGAUGGGACGGCUCUUCAGGCGUUCGUGUGUCAGGUUGAGAGUCAGGUUGUUGGUUUGAUAAUCAUCAGAGAUGAAGAGGAUGUCGAGUUCAUCCGAGCCCACUUUGACAUUGAGAGGUUUAUGUAUUUUAACCAUCAUCAGCGAGAGGAUCACGGGCGUCUGUGUCACUUCAUCCUCAACCCCAUAUAUCAACCUCAUGCCAGACAUUUCUUCAAAGAGGUGCUGCGCUUAUCACACAAGUCCUGCCUUUAUUAUCCCAUCUAUCCAGCCCAAAAGAAGAUCACUUCCCCCAGUCUGACAGCUGUCCUGAAUGUCAUGGUACCCGUCAGCCCGAGACGUCAGAUCAUCUAUCCACUGGAAGAGCUGGGCAUCAAUGCACCGUCCAGACACAUCAUCACUGGAGAACAGGAUGAUUUUGCUCUGUACCACACUAACAGAAAACUCAGCAUGGAGCCGAAGGUCAUCAUCAAUGCCAGGAUUGUUGUUGUUGGAGCAUCUGACACCGGUUUAGCUUUUCUUGAAGCACUGAUUUUCAGUCCUCAUCUCAGAUUCAACAAUCUCACUCUCAUUUCCACUCACGGCCUUCCAGAGCUCUGCACGGCUCCUGACUACAUGAGAUUCCUGACUACGAGUCACUGCUACAACGAUCGGGAUCACAUCCAGCUGUCUUUUCGUUCCUGGAUCAGUGUGGUGAUGGGGAAAAUGAAGGCAAUCGACCGGAAGGCCAAACACGUUGAACUGAUGAGUAAUGAUAGAGUAAAGUACGACUAUCUGAUCCUCACCACUGGCCUUCAGUAUCAGGUGCCCAGUCUGACCAGUAUGGACACCAGUAACCAGACCACCAGUCAAUACACACAGCCUAUCCCGUCCAACCUUUUCACCCUUAACGACCACCACGACUGUGCGAACGUCCAUCGCUGGCUCAUGGACAACUUUAUAAACCAAACAGGUGAUGCUGUGGUUUAUGGAAGCACUAUAGAUGUCUACACAUGUGUGGAGAUGCUCAUUCAUUUGGGGGUCAGUGGCGGGCGUAUUCAUGUAGUCCACCCCCCUGAUAACACCCAAUCUCAUGACGGCGCAGUGGAGCUCGCAGUUAAACGUGCUUUAGAGAAAGAGAAAGUCAACAUCCAUUAUGACUGCCUAUUGGCCCAAAUUAAUGAUGGACAACCUCCAGAUCCAAUAACAUCUGUGUCCUUCAUCACUGAUGGUCCGCCCCUGCGACUGGAGUGUGCAGUGGUCUUUAACUUCUCUAGUAAAACCGUGGACCGUGAUGCCUUCAGAGCCAUCAAUGAUGCCUGUUUAGUGUUUGAUGGUCAUCUGGUCAUUGAUAGCACCUUUCAUACCAAUGACCCUUCCAUAUAUGCUGCUGGACCCUUAACCAAAUACUCCCGCCGUUACCAUGCCGACUGGUGGACCGGCAGCAGCUUCAAUUCCAAGGAAGUGGGCCAGAGUUUAGCAUCUGUUGUUCUUCCUUUAUUUGACCCGACUGUGGAGCGUCCCGUGAGCCCACCGCCCGAUCAGGACCACCUAAUACCAAUCUACAGUCAAGCAAAGACACAAGGUGGACGGUUACCAAAAGGCUACCAUUACCUCCAUAUCACAAAACCGACUGCCAGCAACCUCACAGCUCCAUCAGAUGGACAUGGUGGCGAUGAUAUCAUGACAGGCGACACAGAAACAGGGAACUACUUUCAUCUGCAUCUUAACCAAUAUGAUGUGGUGGAGAGCAUCACCUGUCUCUCCAAAAAUCCACUGCCCGUCUCCAACCUUCAGUGUCUGUACGGCAAACACCAACGACUGCUCAAUCAUCUCCGCUCACGAUACCAACAGGGUUUGAUCCGUGACAUGUACAGCUAUUUCCAAGAGAAUUGGUGCUUGGCUCUUUAUCACGACCGCUUCACUGACUUUGAGCAAGAAGUUCGGCAGAUCAUGAAUUCAGCCAAAACAGAGAGUGAUCAUGGUUUGAUGUCAAUGGAGGAGAUUUUUCAGCAAAUGAUUGAGGAUAAAGCUGAGACGGGCGGUAUGAUGAAUCUCAGUGAGAUGUUUCAGAAGAGUCACUGCUGUUUUACUCUGAAGAAAACCCUUCUGGAUUAUCUGAAGUAUAACAGAUAUCAUCUCACUAUGUACGCCCGACCGGGGCUGCUGUAAUCUAUAACAUCAUAUUGAGGAGUAAUAAACCACGUCUUUAUCUUUCAUUUCCUUAAGUUAUACGUUAACU